AUGCCUCAUUCUCUAGUUUUUGGCCAUCUUCCUGUUGUCCUCCAAUUUUACCGAGAUUGGGCAUUCGAUGCGAACUUUGUUCAAACCUUUGGCUACUAUAUUAGCAAAUACUGGAAAAAGUUCUUCCCAAAUGAAGAGAGAUGUCCGCCCGUCAUAUACGUCGAUAUUUGGCCUAUGUCCAGGCCAAUGGCAUUCUCUAUGGAGGCGUACGUAUCCAAUCAGAUGUCAAUUGGGACCAGCUUGCCUAAAUCGCCUAUGCAUGGUGAGUUCCUUGGACCAAUUUCGAACGGAAAAGACCUCAUCUGUAUGCAUGGCGACGAAUGGCGUAUGUGGCGCUCGAUGUUCAACCGCGGAUUUAGUCGAGCGAAUAUCAGAGCCUGGGUACCUGCCAUUCUGGAGGAGGUUGAUGCAUUCGCGAACAUGUUAAGGAAUCUUUCCGGCGGCAACGGAGAUUGGGGCCAGGUGUUUCCGCUGGAGCAAAUAUCCAGUAACUUGGCAUUCGAUGUUACAGGGAGAAUUCUUCUUGACGAACGGCUGAACACUCAGUCACUGUAUCCAUCUCGGUUUACCGUUGCUUAUCGAGAACAACUCGAACGGAUGGAAAUUACUUUCAGUCCCCGCAAGCUUCUCUGGAGAGUAACACCAUUGUUCAAGCUGCUUGUGAGCCGCAAGCGAGACGAGCUCUUCGAAAUCCUUCGACCAUCCAUUCUGGAAAACCUAGGUGCGGCUAGCAAAGGCCGCCAAACCAUCGUGCAAGCCGCAGCGGAGGACCUGAACCGGAUCAGAGGAGAAAACAACAACGGUCCCCUGGAGGAAUCCCUGGUCAAGCAUGUGUUCUACCAUCUGAUGGCCACAUUCUUCGGGGGUGAUGAUGCAAUCUCCAUUACACUCCCCAGGAUAUUCAAGCAGCUCCAACUGCACCCCGAAUGCCUUGAUAAAAUGCGGGCUGAGCACGAUAGGAUUCUUGGCCCUGAUCCAAGCGCCGCUGCCCAGAGACUUCGAGACGAGCCCUACAUCCUGGACUCGCUGAAAUACACCCUCAGUGUCAUCAAGGAGACGCUACGCAUCAACCCCGCUACCAUUACGAUCAGGGCAGGACAGCCAGACUUUAACUUUUACAUAAAAGACUCCAACACCGUCUGGCCGACAGACGGAUUCGAUCUUUUUGACAGCUCUAUAACCAUACAUAACGACCCUGCCAAUUUCCAUGAGCCCUCGGAAUUUAUCCCGGAGCGGUACCUGGUCCCUGAAGGGGAUGUAUUGCAUCCGGCGAAGGACAUGUGGCGGGGGUUCCAACUUGGUCCUAGGAGAUGCCUUGGACAAGAAUUAGCUAUUGUCGUGCUCAAGUUAGUGCUGGUUGCUGUUGCCCGUGAUCUUGACGUUGAGAUGGCCUGGGAAGAGUGGGACCGGCUCCGAGAAGAGCAGGGGAUCAAAUUCGACAAGCAAAUGGUCGAAGGCGAGCGGAUGUACACCGCUGGGAAGGCAACUGCGCAUCCCAAAGACGGUGCACCGGCACAUGUGAGGAUACGGAACCUGUCUAGGGGGUAAAAUUCUAUAAACGAUGGUGGGCUUGCAAACCCCACUCCGCGGGGUGGUGGAGAUGUGAGGGAUUUGCUGUGGUGAUGCAUGCAUGUAUUACCUUUUGCUGUUCUCUUUCAGAUACGUCUAGUAUGCGGGAAACGAAGACGCUUAUUUUGGUUUCAUACUAAACCAUCCGAUUUGAGUUCCAAAUAGUUACACUCAAC